ACAUCAACAAAGAAAAUAUCUUUGGGGGCUGUCAGAUACAGAGUUUGACCAGUGUUGAGUAGUUGUUGCUCUGUGUAUUGUGUGGGGUGUUGUGUAGGAUGGCGAAACGUGCAGUCUGUGGGACGAUGCCCAGCUUAUUAAACAAUUCUGUUGAAGAUAAGAAUUUUUCGAAGAUAGAUAUUAUGACCGAAGAAUUUGUUAUUGGAAGAUCAUUACAGUCGUCUUUCGUCAUUCCCGAUCCAACACUGUCAAGGCGACAUUGUACAUUUCGGUACUCGGGCGAACAGUGGAGUGUCACAGAUGAGAGUACCAUGGGAACUUACGUUAAUGGGUUGAAAAUGACAAAAGGUUCAACAGUAAUACUGAAAGCUGGUGAUGACAUUCAGUUUGGGUCCAACAGUAAAUGGAAGUACACAUUUUCAUUCCUGUAUAAUCAUCAGAACAGUGAGGUUCUUGACGUGAAAAGGGCAAAAUUGGAUUCGGAUGAGUCCAUCACAGAAAACACUCCAACCUCUAUCCCAAAUGGUGAUGAAGAUACUGAAAAAAUAAUUGCUGGAAAAGUGGAAUUUGAACAGGAAAGGGAUAAAACCUCGGCUGAAUUCCUAGAUAAACAGAAUAGUUUGAUUGAUAACGAGCUUGAAGUCAAGAAACAAACAGAUAGUGAACAGGAAGUGAAAAACAACAGAAAUGAAUUUGAACAACAGUGUAGGAUAUUAAAGGAACAGGGAGAUCUAAAGCAGCUACUGGCUCAGGCACAAAAAUUAACAGAGAAACUUAAAAGUGAGCGGGCAAACAUCCAAGCAGCUCUUCUUGAGCGUGACCAACAGCUUCAGAAUUUGAAGAAAAUUUCAAACCAGGAGGUACUGACUUUGAAGAGAAAGUUGAAGUCGAUGAAAGCACGUCUGGCUGAGAAAGAAAAACAAGAAGGCGAGAAUGCUCGUCACCUGGAGGAAGUGACUACUCGCACAUUACGAUUAGAAGAAGAAGGGAAAAAACGGGAGGAAAACAAUCAGAUGCUCAUGGAAAGUCUGUUGCGGGAUGUUGAUGAGCGGGAGGAGGCAGCAAAACGUCGCCUUAAAGAAGCAUUGGAAAACUUGCAUCAUGACAAGGCUGCAAUUGAAAAUGAGAUAAAAGAGAAAUCAGAAGCAAAAGAAGAUGUUGGGAAACUAACUGAGGAAUUAGAGAAAGUGAAACAGAAUUUAAUCAUUGUUGAUCAGAAAAGAGAAAUGUUAGAAAAGGAAUUAAGUGAAGCUGUGCAGUCAGCUUCUGUUAAUACACUCCAGGCACGAGAAGAAAUUUUGCACAAUUUUGGAGAACUGAUGGAAACAGAACUGCAAUGUAGUAUAUGCAAUGAGUUGUUUGUGGCUGCUACAACUUUAACGUGCAAUCACACAUUCUGUAAGUUUUGCAUAAGUGAGUGGAAAAAAAAGAAAAAGGAUUGCCCUGUCUGCAGGAAGCCAAUUUCUGCAGAGUUCAGGUCACUUUCACUUGAUAAUUUUAUAAACAAGAUGGUGGAAAACCUUUCGGAUGAUAUGAAGAAGAGGAGACAGGAGUUAAAAGAUGAAAGACAAGCUUUGUGUGACAAGAAUAAAAAUAGAAAUGAUGGUGCAAGUGGAAGCAGAAAUGGAAUUGGAAAUGGAAGUGGAGAAAGGCGGCGUGUACGGUCUACUCGACGCACUACAGCUGAAAGCAUUCCAAGACCAAGGCGACGCCAGCCAUUACCUGCUGUUGUCGAAUCACUAUCACCCCCAGCUGAAAUAGUUACUGUACAUUUAUCAGACUCCUCAAAUGAUUCAGAAGAGGAUAGUGAGGAUUCAUCACCAAUAACGAGUGAUUCAAGUGAUUCUUCAUAUGCUGAAGGUGUGACUGGAAGCUUUUAUGGUGGAUAUGGAAACUGUUUCCAUUGUGGGAGACAUGGGCACUGGGCCAAUGGAUGUCCUGAUCUCUUUUGAAUACACCUCCACAUCAAAUGUCUGGUUGUUGUUGUACCACACAGUAAAUUUAUGCAGUAGCUUAGCUCUGUAAUGCAUAAGUUAUUAUAAGUUAUGCACAAUAUUCUGUAUUUUAUCAAACAUAACUUGAACUGCUGUGAUUUUAUUUAUUUUAUUGUUUUGGUUUACGGAUGUAGUAUUGUGAUAAACUGAAAUGUUAACUACAUUUUUAUGUGCUGUGGUAUUUGCAUUAUUACUGCAACAAUAACACACUGAUUUUAUUGUAAAUCCUUCAUAUGAAAACUUAAAAUGCAUUGUUAAGUAUCCCAUAUGAUCACAAAAAUGUUAGUUUGAACUUUAUUAAAUAUCAGUCUUAAACAUCCCAUCGUCUGUGAUUA